ACCAAACUUCCCCCUUCUUCUCCGCUGAACUGCCCAAAGCUACAGAGAGAGAGUUUUCCCGAGAAAGUUUUGAGAAUUUCCAAGAAAUAUUUGUUGAUAGUAGGGAGAGAGAUAGAAAGAGAUGGCGAUGCCUGGGGGAGUCGCGGUGCUGACGAAUUCGGUGAGCAAGGUCGAUUCUUCGUCUUCGCCCGCGCCUUCGUCUUCCAAAGGUCGUUUGAGUGUCUCGGAGAUGGAGCUGGUGUCUCCGAUUCUGAUUUUCUUUUUCUUUCACAAAGCGAUUCGCAAUGAGCUCGACGCGCUUCACCGAUCCGCUAUGGCCUUCGCCACGGGGAAGCGCAGCGAUAUCCGUCCGCUGCUCGAGCGGUACCAUUUCUUGCGGUCUAUUUACAUGCACCACUCCAAUGCUGAAGACGAGGUAAUCUUUCCAGCUCUUGAUAAUCGUGUGAAGAACGUAGCACAAACAUAUUCCCUUGAACACAAGGGUGAAAGCAAUCUUUUUUAUCACGUAUUUGAGCUGCUGAAUUCUAGUGCACAAUGUGAUGAAAAUUUUCCAAGAGAGCUAGCUUCUUGUACAGGAGUUCUGCAUACAUCAGUUAGCCAACACAUGGCGAAGGAAGAAGAGCAGGUCUUCCCCUUGCUUAUUGAAAAGUUUUCGCUCGAAGAGCAGGCCUCUUUGGUCUGGCAGUUCUUGUGCAGCAUUCCGGUGAAUAUGAUGGCAGAGUUCCUUCCAUGGCUUUCAACCUCCAUUUCACCUGACGAACGUCGGGAUCUGCACAAGUGCUUAAGUAAGAUUGUCCCAGCGGAAAAGCUUCUUCAAGGGGUUGUUUUUACCUGGAUGGAAGGGAAAAGCAGUCGUAACACAGUUGAAAGCUAUGUAGAUAAACUUCACCUGCGAUGUGUAGAUUCUAGUUCAAGCACAGUAAUUCAUCAAAUGGAGAAAGUAAAUUGUGCAUGUGAGUUCACCAGGACUGGGAAAAGGAAAUAUCUAGAGUCAGGUCAUGGUGUUCUAGAAACUUCAGGAUCACAUCCGAUAAAUGAAAUAUUGCUUUGGCAUAAUGCCAUUAAAAGAGAGUUGAAUGAGAUAGCAGAGGAGGCCAGGAAGAUACAAGUUUCUGGAGAUUUCACUAAUCUGUCAGCUUUUAAUGCGAGGUUGCAAUUUAUUGCUGAAGUUUGCAUCUUUCACAGUACUUGUGUCCUUACAUUAUAUCAGAGGUUGUAUGGUUGGUGGCUUGUUGGAGAAGUCAGAAGUAUUGCUGAGGACAAGGUCAUCUUUCCUGCAGUAGAUGGGGAAUUUUCUUUUUCCCAGGAACACGCAGAAGAAGAAAGCCAGUUCAAUGAGUUUAGGUAUCUGAUCGAAAGCAUACAAAGUGCAGGAGAAACCUCCACUUCAGCUGCUGAGUUUUAUGCAAAGUUAUGCUCGCAUGCAGAUCAUAUAUUGGAAACUAUACAGCGGCACUUCCACAAUGAGGAAGUUCAGGUUCUUCCUCUUGCUCAAAAGCACUUUAGCUUCAAAAGACAGCGGGAACUUUUGUAUCAAAGCUUGUGCAUGAUGCCCUUGAAAUUGAUUGAGCGUGUCUUGCCAUGGCUGGUAGGAUCGUUGACCGAAGAUGAAACCAGGGAAUUCCUUGAAAACAUGCAGUUGGCAGCUCCAGCAACAGAUGCAGCUCUUGUAACGCUGUUUUCUGGUUGGGCUUGCAAGGCUCGUAAUCAGGGUUUAUGUUUGUCCCCAAAUGCAACUGGUUGCUGUCCUGCUAAAAGUCUUGCUGAUAUCGAAGAAAAUUUUCAUAGAUCAUCCUGUGCUUGUGGCUCCACAGUGUGCAGAGACAGCCCAAAAUCAAUUAAAGCAGAUGAAAUUAAAAGACCUUCCAAACGAAAUGUCUCAAUGUCAUCCAAUGGUAGCAAUGGCACUGAUCUUUCAGAGACUAUAAAUGACCAGAAACAAUGUUGUAAUGAUCGACCUUGUUGUGUCCCAGGAUUAGGAGUAGACAGUAAUAAUCUGGGAUUGAGUUCUCUUGGUAAUGCUAAGUCUUUGCGUUCCUUGUCUUUCAGUUCUUCUGCCCCGUCUCUCAACUCCAGUCUUUUUGUUUGGGAAACAGAAAAUAGCACUUUUGAUAUUGGAAGUGCAGCACGACCAAUCGAUACUAUAUUUAAAUUCCAUAAAGCUAUAAGCAAAGACUUAGAGUAUUUAGACAUUGAAUCUGGAAAACUUAGUGACUGUGACGAGACAUUCCUUCGGCAGUUCACUGGGAGAUUUCGUCUGUUGUGGGGAUUAUAUAGAGCUCACAGUAAUGCUGAGGACGACAUAGUGUUUCCAGCAUUGGAAUCCAAAGAGGCUCUUCAUAAUGUGAGUCACUCAUACACACUGGACCAUAAGCAGGAAGAAAAGUUAUUUGAAGAUAUUUCUGCUGUUCUUUCUGAGCUUUCACACCUUCUUGAAAGCUUGCAGAAGGCCCAAAGGACAGAGUACUUAACUGGAAAUAAUACUGGAUUUUCCUCUGCCCGCUCUAGUGAUUAUGUUAAGAAAUACAAUGAGCUAGCUACUAAGCUUCAAGGAAUGUGCAAAUCAGUAAGAGUGACUUUGGAUCAGCAUAUUUUCAGGGAGGAACUUGAGCUGUGGCCAUUGUUUGGGAGACAUUUUUCUGUGGAGGAGCAAGACAAAAUAGUGGGCCGCAUUAUUGGGACUACAGGGGCUGAGGUUCUACAGUCAAUGUUACCGUGGGUAACUUCUGCACUUACUCAGGAUGAACAAAACAAAAUGAUGGACACGUGGAAACAGGCUGCCAAGAACACAAUGUUCAGUGAAUGGCUUAAUGAAUGUUGGAAAGGAAGUCUGGUGUCAACUUCAGAGAGUGAAGCAUCAGAAACUAGCAUUUCUCAAAAAGGUAUUGGACAUCAAGAAAGCUUGGAACACAGUGAUCAGAUGUUCAAGCCUGGUUGGAAGGAUAUUUUCCGAAUGAAUCAAAAUGAGCUUGAGUCAGAGAUCAGAAAGGUUUAUCGGGACUCAACUCUGGAUCCAAGGAGAAAGGCAUAUCUUGUACAGAACCUUAUGACUAGUCGUUGGAUUGCGGCUCAGCAGAAGUUGCCUAAAUCGUUAGCCGGGGAGACUUCUAAUGGUGGAAAUGUAAUGGGAUGUUCACCAUCAUUUCGAGAUCCUGACAAACAAGUGUUUGGGUGUGAGCACUAUAAAAGAAACUGCAAACUUCGUGCUACUUGUUGUGGCAAGUUCUUUACAUGUCGGUUUUGCCAUGACAAUGUGAGUGAUCAUUCUAUGGACAGGAAAGCGACAUCAGAAAUGAUGUGCAUGCGCUGCCUAAGCAUUCAAGCAGUUGGGCCAACAUGCAUGACACCUUCAUGCAACGGCUUUUCAAUGGCGAAUUAUUAUUGCAAUAUCUGCAAAUUUUUUGAUGAUGAAAGGACUGUAUAUCACUGCCCAUUUUGCAAUUUAUGCCGGGUUGGGAGAGGUCUUGGAAUUGACUAUUUUCAUUGCAUGACGUGCAACUGUUGCCUGGGAAUUAAGUUAGUGAACCACAAGUGCCUGGAGAAAGGUUUAGAAACAAACUGCCCUAUAUGCUGUGAUUUCUUAUUCACAUCAAGUGCAACUGUCAGAGCUCUUCCUUGUGGCCAUUACAUGCAUUCAGCUUGCUUUCAGGCAUACACUUGCAGUCACUACACCUGUCCAAUUUGCAGCAAAUCUAUGGGAGAUAUGGCGGUCUACUUUGGCAUGCUUGAUGCAUUGUUGGCUGCUGAGGAGCUUCCAGUGGAAUACAGGGAUCGUUGUCAGGAUAUACUCUGCAAUGACUGUGAUCAAAAGGGUUCCACACGGUUCCACUGGUUGUAUCAUAAGUGCGGAUUCUGUGGGUCGUAUAACACCAGGGUGAUCAAGAUUGAGACGACAAAUUCCGAUUGCUCCACAGCACACUGACGAUAGGUAUACCAGUGUUUUGUAAAUACAUGUAUAGCCAAUCCAAAAUUUUCACCAAUCCACUUGUGGGUUUGAAGAUGCAUAUUCAAGAAAUUAGACAGUAGUAGAUGGUAUUAAAAUGCUACCAUUUGUUGACCACGUUACUCGCACUUUCAUUCUGAUAUAUAUGUUUCUAUCGUUGGCUGAAA